UUUUUUUACAAAUAUGUUCUCAGAGAAUCCAUAAUCAUUUUAUCUUCGAUAUCACUUCUUUUUCGCGGAUCAAAAAUAUUAUAAAAAAUAAUAUCAAAAGUAUUUCACGCAUCUUUUUUGUAAUAUAUUGAACACAAUCAAAUGUUGCCCCUCUGAUUUUAAUGAGCUUCGAAUAUUAAAUAUUAAGAUAUAAAGGAAAAUAAGACACGUAUUUUUAUAUCUGCAUUUCUCGCACGUCAAAGGAAUGAAACUUCCCGUUGAAAUAUACCACAAUGAAUUUGUUAAGAAUUUCAACUAAUAACAGAAAAAGCAAUCUUUUUCUAUAUCCUUAAAUUGAUAUAAAAAAAAAAGAAGAAGAAAGCUAAGAUAAAGGAUAAGAUGAGGGAAAUGUAAAGUCCCCGGAACCGCGCGCGAAAACGAUGUCAACGACACGAUGCUCAUAUCCGUUACGGAAUUGUCGUUGAUCAGCAGAGUAUAGGGAUGACGUUAAGUUCCCGGCAAAUUACUCGCAAUCAGUCCACAUCUAACACGAUGGGACCAACUUGUAAAUUCGUCGUGCAAUGGGUAACUACUAUAAGUGUCCACAGGAGGAAAAACGUGUCCAAGAACGUCGGCGUCACCUGAUUUAUCUAAUCGCUGCCUUUUUACGAGAGCAAGGUUAUUCCAAUACCGUAGAGAGUCUCUUCAAAGAAGCUCAACUCUCCCGAGACAUUAACGUGUGCGACAACAUCGAUCUGGAAACUAUUAUUCUCGAGUACGUCGAUCAUUAUUAUGCCAAGUACAACAGAUAUCCAAAAUUAUGUAAGAAGGCGGAAAUCGGGAAUGUCAUACAAACUACCAACAAUAAGAAAGAAAGAGUUUCAAAGAUUCUCAAUCCCAAGCAAGAGGAUAGUCGCGUUACCGAGGAAUGUAACAAUAUUGGUAGAAAUAAAGUCGCAAAAGCGAUACAUACCGCUUCCACGUGGAACGAAUUGAAUCUCGGUAUAACGGUGACGCCAAUCUUUCCUACAGAAAGCGGUGAUCAGCGAGUAAUCACACAAGUACCGAUAUCUGACGAAACUUUCGCCGACGGUGACAAACUACUCAAACCUAUCGGUAAUCUCUAUCCGCUCGGCUCUGAGCUAAAAGAAAUCGCAGAUGUUAUAUCACGGGAAAUAGUGCAACAAAAUUUAAAUGUUCAUUGGGAUGACGUGAAGGGACUGAAGGAUUGCAAAAUGUUGUUGAAAGAAGCUAUACUCUAUCCCCUGAAAUAUCCGAGCUUAUUUAGCGGGAAACUCAGUUCUUGCAAGGGUGUACUAUUAUAUGGUCCACCAGGAACUGGCAAAACGAUGCUCGCAAAAGCGGUUGCUACCGAAUGUGAAUCUACCUUUUUUAACAUCACUUCCAGUUCCAUCAUUAGCAAAUGGAGAGGAGAUUCGGAAAAAUAUAUUCGCGUGCUCAUCGAUCUUGCUAAACAUUAUGCACCAACGAUAAUUUUUAUCGAUGAGAUCGAUUGGACGACUACGAGAAACACGGACUACAUUUCGUUAAGCUCGGAACCUAUUAGAAGAUUCCGAGCGGAAUUUCUCGCCAGAUUGGAUGGUUUAUUGUCAAUGGAAUAUAUAAAUGUAGUGUUGUUAGCAGCUACAAACGUUCCAUGGAAUAUAGACAUUGCCUUGUUGAGACGUUUAGAAAAGCGGAUAUUUGUGGAUCUGCCUGACGAAAUUAGUCGAUUGGAAAUAUUGCGAUCUUAUGUGCGCGACGAUCUGCAUGACUCGCCGGAUAUUUUCAAACUUGCUCAAGAAACUAUAGGAUAUUCUUGCGCAGAUUUGAAACUGCUGUGUAAAGAGGCGUGGCUCGAGCAAUUGCGGCCUAUUUGGGCGAGUCUCGAGGCUAAAGCGAUCUCUGUGAGUGAUAUUCAAAAUGAUGGCCUGAUCAGCGCAAUGAACUACAUUAUGCUCGCUAAGUCCAAGGUAAAACCCAUCGCCAAACAUAUGAGUACGCAAUAUAUGGAAUGGCAUAAGGAAUUUGGUUUCUCAAAAUAAAAAAGUAGCAAAAUAGCUUAGUUUUUCAAUUGUAACAAGAAACAUGACAUCUUCGAAAUGACACAUUAUAGAUCAACUUUUUGUGAAAUAGUGAUGUUUCGUGAUUUCGAUAUAUACACAUAAAUCUUUUCUUAUAAAUUUUGGUUUUUAUCAUUUAAAAUAGCAUUAAAAAAAAUC